CGGCAUUUAAACGGGAGACGGCGCGAUGCCCCGCACUCGGUGCGCCCUCCGCGGACCGGGCGACCCAGAGUGCAGCGAGAGCGUCGCUCCCUGCCCGGCUGACCCCGCGCCGAGCCCCGGCGGCUCGGGCCGCGGCCGCACACCGCGCCACGCGUCGAGAGCGCAGGCCUAGAAGACCCGCCGCACUGACAGCAUGAGCCGCACCGCCUACACUGUGGGAGCCCUGCUUCUCCUCCUGGGGACCCUGCUGCCUGCUGCUGAAGGGAAAAAAAAGGGGUCCCAGGGUGCCAUCCCGCCGCCAGACAAGGCCCAGCACAAUGACUCCGAGCAGACUGACUCUCCCCAGCAGCCUGGCUCCAGGAACCGGGGGCGGGGCCAAGGGCGAGGCACUGCCAUGCCGGGGGAGGAGGUGCUGGAGUCCAGCCAGGAGGCCCUGCAUGUGACGGAGCGCAAAUACCUGAAGCGAGACUGGUGCAAAACCCAGCCGCUCAAGCAGACCAUCCACGAGGAGGGCUGCAACAGCCGUACCAUCAUCAACCGCUUCUGCUACGGCCAGUGCAACUCCUUCUACAUCCCCAGGCACAUCCGGAAGGAGGAAGGCUCCUUUCAGUCCUGCUCCUUCUGCAAGCCCAAGAAAUUCACCACCAUGAUGGUCACGCUCAACUGCCCAGAACUACAGCCACCCACCAAGAAGAAGAGGGUCACGCGCGUGAAGCAGUGUCGCUGCAUAUCCAUCGAUUUGGAUUAAGCCGGGCACACCCAGCCUGUCCUAGGGAUGCAGCCCCAGGCGGGCCCAGAGCCAGACCCCAAACAACCUGAUUCUUACUUGGCUUAAACCUAGAGGCAAGGAGAACCACCAGCUGCCUCCUGACGGGAGCCUGCUAGUGCGUAGUUUGUGUGCAUGAGUGUGCGUGGAUGCCUGUGAGUGUUUGCAGACACCAGAGGAAACGCAGUCUCUGCUGGAGGGCACUUCCUAUUAUGUAAACGCAUCUGCUUUCGGAGGGGAUGGCACCUUCAAAGGGGCAGAGCUGUGGUCUGGUUCUGCCUUUGUCUUCCAUGUGCCCUGCUGGGGACCAGAAUCUCCUUUCAGAAUGAAUGUUAAGGGAAGAGGCUACUCUGAGAGCAAGAGACCUGUUUUAGUGCUGCAUUAGACUUGGAAAAGGUAUUUUAACCUGAGCUUGCUUCCUCCCCUCCUCCUCCCUUCCACAUCCAUCCCUUAGGAUCGCAGUCACUAUGUCAGUCUAAUCCCCUAUCUAUCUGCCAAGGGUUCUAAAUUAACUCACUUGACCAUAGAUGCAAAUAUUCCCGUCUGGGGAAGAGCCCCCAGACUCUGGGGGAGGCUGGUGUGGGCAAAGGCAAGAAGGAUAGAGGAGUGAGAGAAGGGAGGAACUGGGAGUGAAGACCAGUUGGGCCCAGCAAAAUUCAGUAGGGAGAUGUGCAGAGUCUUGAAAGGCCAACCGCAAAACACAGACCCAUGCUUUAGUAAGUUUUCUCCUGGUAUUUAACAGAGCUCAAGUGAACAGAGGAGAAAUGAGAUUGCCAAAAAUCAUUAACUUUGGCUGUCACUGUGAUCUGCUGAAACUAGCCGUAACCCAAUGCCAAACAUAAAACAUAAUAUCCAUCACUUCUGUUUUCAGAACUAUAUAAGUGAGCUAAACCAAACAGCCCCUCCUACUUUGUCCUUUGGGUAGAUAAUAGAUGUAGUUCAGAACCCCCCUACCCAGGGAUAGGAAAAAACAAAACCUAUAGGCAGAAGGUCGUAAUAUCUUUCCUUUUGCUUGGUUAUAAUAUCACCUUUUUCUCAGUUCAUCAUUUCUGUGUAAUGCCUCUGAGAGCCACAACCCUGUAUUAUGAAGAUUCUGCCUCUGCCAAGUAUACCUGACAGUGAAAAACCAGUCUAGGAGGAGGGAGAUUAGGGCCUGCUCCGUUUUAGCUAGAAGUGUAUUUUGGGUCUUUUUGUUUUCUCCAUUGAUAGGAGGUUGAGCUGGAGAGCAGAGGAGAGUAAGGAAAUAGAGGAGAUUGCCUCUGGCUAAGGAGUAGUUUAGUGCCUGGGAGGAGCUGUAAGAGAUAUGACCUCCUCUUGUUCCUUUGCCCUCUGAGGGUCUGAUGGGAAACCCCAGGUAAGAAAUCAGAGCAUUUAGGUGCAUUAGCUGUCUAUCUACUGCUCGUGAGAUUCACGUAACCUUGUAAACCAUUCAGAAGCUACUGAUGAGAUGCUGUCCUCUGAUUUAGCUUGGGCUGCUCCCAAUGCCUACUUAGGAUUUAUCUAAUGGCCAAAGUGCCAGGUAGGUGAACCUUAAAGCAUUUUACAUUUGGCUAACCUGUUCUCUUCAAGCCUGAAGUUUUACAUGUUAACCACCCCCCCUCCUCACCACCAAACACUCUUUUUGCCUUGUAUCUUCUCAGCCUCACCAGCCAAGUCAUGUGUAACAUGGGCAACAAACACCAGAGACUUGCAUUUCAGUUGCCCAUCACGGCUCCAGCGUUCAAAGAACCAUAGCAACUGGAGAGGCUGCUUUUAUUUUAUUUUUGUUUCAGUCCAGUGCUCUCCCAUCUAGCAACUAAACAGGAAACACACUUUGAGGCAGAAGUUAUCCUGAACACCCAAAAUAUUGGGUCUAAUUUUAAAACUUUUAAACUCACUACUGAUGCUUCUACACUAAGCGAAUUUGUGCGAACACAUAGUCUGUGCAUUUCGUAUACACUGUACACCCCUGCCCUAAAUCUUUCUAUCAUCCACAUCCUCCAACAAUAGAGCACAGAAUGGAUUUAAUUAAGCACACAAACGCUAAGCCAGAAUUUUGAGGGUGGGGGAGAGGAAAAGGAAGGAGAAGGAGCUGAAAAUGUAAAACUACACUAGAGAGGAAAAGUGACAUUCAGAACCAGCAGACACUGAAUUUCUCUUGUUGUUUUAAUUCUGCCACACGCAUGCAAUUUUGUUAAAAAGAGAUGACUUAAAUUGGCAGCGGUAAUCUUCUUUUAGUAGCUUGUACCACAGUCUUGCAUGUAAGUCAGAUUUGGCUUAAGUAAAGAGAAUUUCCUCAAAAUUAACUACACUGAGAUAAUCGGCAGCACAACUGGCUUAAAAGCACAGCACUAGCCAAAGAGGGAAACAUCUGCUUUUCUGACCGCCUAUAUUAAGACUAGCGCGAGUACAGUGUUUUCCAACAUUUAUUCAAAGUGCCAUAUCUGUUACAUAUUGUAUUGGAGUCACCGAUGAUGUAAUGAUAUUUUUUUUAUUACUAUAGUAGAAUUUUUUUUAUGGCAAGAUAUUUGUGAUCUUGAUCUUGCCUGUUAAAAUAAUGCCCAACACCAAAUAUGAAUUUUAUGAUAUACACUUCAUGCUUGGCAUUAAAAGAGAAAAACACACAUCCUACAAGUCUGUAAGUUGUUUUUGUGUUAUUGUGGUUCUUCAAAGUUAAACAUGUAAGCGAAAAAUCUAGAGGAAAGGAUAAUUUCCACUGUGUGGAAUGUGAAUAGUUAAACAAAAAGUUAUGGUUAUUUAAUGUAAUUAUUAAUUCAAAUACUUUGGUCACUGUGAUUUCAAGCAUUUUUUUUUCUCCUUUAUUUGACUUCCUCUGAGUUGAGCAAAGAAGAGGCUGGCACGUUGUAUGUUGUUGGAGGCUUUUUAUCGGGUCAGAGGGAAACAAUAAAAUCUUGACACAUCUGAACAUGUAUUACACAAUCAAGACCUGAGCUUUUAUUUUUUUAACUGAAUGUUCCUUAAAGGUUAACAUUUCUGAGGCAAUAUUAAGAAAGAUUUUAAAUGUUAUUUUGGAAGACUUAUGAUGUGUGUAUACAAACAAAUAGCAGAGAAUAAUGAAUAGUUCACAAGUCCUUUUAAGGAGAAAAUCUAAAAUGAAAAAUGUAUGUACAGAACAUUUAUAAAUGACCAGUUAACGCUUAAGAGUGAAAGUAGUUCUAUUGACUUGUCAUUCUCAAGAUAUUUAAUAUCAACUGCAUUAUCUAUUAUGUCUGCUUUAAUCAUUUAAAAACAACAGAGGAUUAUAUAGACUAUGAUUGUGAGGUAGAUUGCCGUGUGUGAGGAUGAGAGGGGAUUUGAUAAUCUCAUAAAAGUUAAUUUGGUUUAAAGCAAAGUUUUAUGAAUCUGUAGCUAGAAUUUAAUUUCACCCUAAUAAUGUUCUAUAUAACCUUUCCCAAAGAGCAACCAAUAAAUUGAAACUCCUCUC